CGGCCGCCUCUCUGUCUCUUAUUUACCUGAAAUGAGGAAAAAAAUAAAGAGAAAAAAACAACUUUUUAGAGCUAAAUUUUUAAAUGGAAAUUAUUUUGAAAAAAAGAAAAAAAAGCAAACAUGGCAAUUAGCGUUUCACAUUUUUCACAUCAAGCAGUCAUUGGUUAACUAAAAACAUUUUUGUUCAGUUUAGUUUUUGCUUCGUGUGGAUUGUGUCAAAUUUCUCCAAAUUUUUAUUCCACGAAAUUCGUAGCCAUUUUUCUUUUCGCCAUCUCCCUAACACCAAAUUUCUGUACCGAUGGCGUACAUUUUUCUGUUUGAAGUUAUCGUCGAUGAUUUGCAGCUAUUUUCGGACGUACAAAAUUCAAGUACCGUGGAACAGGAUGAUACCGGUACGGGACGAAAAGAGCUCUGCGUUCGCUUGCAGCUAUCCAACCUGGUACGGUGUGAAGUUUGUGAGAAAGAUUUCGGUUCCACGCUAAACAUGGAGGUACGCAAAACUGGAGAAAAUUGUCUAUUCGCAUACAACCCGUCGAUGGAACUGGAACGGGAACUUGAACUGCAAGUUUCAGCUCACGAAAAGGUUGCGGAUGGGACGAAAAAACUAAUCGGCAGCUGGAAAGAACCGAGCCAAGAAAUGUUGGUUGGACUUGCUAAAGCUUACGACCUUCAGAAUGUCUCAACAUCGGUUGAGGAAAGCUCAAAAGAAUCGCUCUUAUCACGUGAAGUGGAGCCUGUCACACAACGCAACAACAAACCAGUUUCCAACACCUUCAAGGUAUUGUAUCCACUCGUAAAGGAAGCGGAAACUACGGUCGUUGGAGUGGUUAUACUCACGAUCCGAAUAUCUUGCCUCGGUUCUGCCAUUAAUCAAAAAGUGCUGUUCGGUGGGCAAGAUCUACAGCAACAGCCCGUCACGUGCUACAAGAUGGAGAACGAACCUAUCGUACAGUGUGUGACGAUGGGGGACCAAGAUGGGCCAGAAUUGGUCGGUCCUAAGGGUAGUCUUGCUAGUAUUGUGGGGACGGAAAUAGUGCCGGAAGUACAGCCGUAUGAUGAGUAUGCCGCAGAGUUGAACGGAAAUGCCAUAUGCAUUCGUGUGGAGAAGGAUGCCAAUAUUGCCGUUAGCAUUGAUGGCGAGGAAAGCAACGAAUGUACGAAAGGAUGUUGGGCUUCUCUCACACUCCCGGAUGGAGUAUACGCUUUGAAGGAAGAAUAUAUCCCCCAACAAGCAAAUGGGUGUCGACUACCCGUCAUUCGUGGUACCCUCAAAUAUCCAGCCUAUCACUGGUCUGGGGAUUUUAUGCUUGAGAAAAAGACCACUCCAGUCACGGUGGAAGACUACCGGAAAAAGCCCGACCGGAACCGUACCGUUGGCCUACAGGCACUGCCGGAACAGCCGGAACGCGACUGUGCCGGAAUCGAAAUCUGUCGCAAAGGUUGGCACGACCCAAACGUGGACGUGUUUGUGCUCAAACUCGGCAAGAACAAGCGCACCUCGGCCGAAGGUAAUCCACGGAAUGAGGUGGAAAUUGAACUGCGAACACCGCGCGGCCCAGCGCAUGAGAUACGGCCGAAGGUAUCGCGUGGUAUGCAGGUGAUCGAGGAAGAGUUUGAACCGGCCGGAGAAAUGCAACGACCGGCCGGGGCAACACCGCCAGCCGAUGAUGGUGAAAAGCCGGGCAAGAAGGCAAAGGCGGCCGGUAAAAAGGGCAAAAAGAAGUAAUGCAACAGUUGAGACAAAUAGACACUUUCCGGUGUGCUGUGUUCGAUUAUUAUUUAAUCCACCUUCGCGCAUUACCGGCCGUGUCAUAUACUGUUGCCACGCACCGUACGCGAUUGAACGUUUCGUGGCACAAACUGUGGCAGCAGGUGCCACACGGUGAGCGACCCAACGCGGUAAUAAAUCAGAGAAAGUUUGAUCUGCGA